UGUUCUGCAUACAGGCACUGUCUGUAUGUAGCAUUGGCAUCUGUUGUCAGUCUGCAGUUGACUCAGGAUCUCACUCCUAGCCAUUGUUGAUUGCUGUAAAAGGUGCUGCAGGUAUGCAACAUGACUCUGAUAAAAAAGUUGGAAAAAACGAUGGCUCUAAUCCGGCGGAGAACCUUCAGGCUGAUCGAAUUUGGGAUAGUGUGUUGAGAACAACGUUUCCUCCUCAUCAUCUAGAGUGUCACUCGGGGCGGGGUGGGGCGGGCUCUGGCAGGCGAUGCCCCGCCCCAGCGGGCUUUGGGGCGGGGUGAGCAAUGACCCUUCCUGCCCCAAGGCCCCGGUGGGUUGGG